AUGACGGACCCCGUGUCACAAGGAGCCGGUUUAGCGUGCGGAAGCACGUUCGCAAAUUUAACCCCUCCUCCUGCCAAUGCUAAUCCUGAUACAACAGCCGCGAUGGCUUCAGUCUUAGAGUGUAUGACGCUACAACAAUGCACUUAUCACAUCCCUAUUUUUGAUGGACGCAAUCCACCUUUGAAGGAAUUCCUACAAGACGUAGCUAAUGGAGCUGUGUUUUUGACAGGAACUUCCGAGCCUGGAUACAUCAAGGCCGUCCUCAGUAAAUUAAAGGGUGCGGCUAGAGAAAGCGUAAGGGAUAAACGUUUCAAUAGAUUAGACGAGUUAGUGUCCCAUUUAAAGAAAAGAUUUGCUUCUUCAAAGAAGUAUCAAUGGUAUUUAGAUAAUAUUAUGAGCAUUAGACUAAAACAAUCAGAGACGGUUAGUGAUUAUAACGACCGCCUACAAGGUCUACUGAGUGGGGCAAAACAUUCUUUAGAAGCAAAAUAUAACGCACGCUAUCGAUUAAUAGAAGGUUUGGCCGUCCGUUGUCAGGAUACUUCUGAAAGCGAAAUUAUGAUGAAACCAAUCAUUGAUUGCGCCCUUGAGGCAUUCAUUCGAGGCUUGCCAGAGGAAAUGUCUAUUUUUGUGGACACGAGAAAUCCGGCAGACCUUAGUGAAGCCUUCGAGCAUGCCCUUCGUGCUGAAGAAAGGCACAAGUACUCAGACCGAUCUAGAGGUACGUCUUAUCAUAUUGCUCGCGCCGAAGAACAUCCACGAUCACCUAGUCCUUAUACAAAACAGGUCGAGAAAAAUAAUUCUAAUCCGGAAAAGCGUAGGUCGGAAAAUGAUAGAGGAUUUGAGUCACAUAGAUCACAGAAAACAUCGGCGAAUGAUGUGUUGCAAUUUACACCUGAGCAACUUGCGACAUUUUAUCGUUCGAUGAUGUCACAAUUCGACUCGACAUACCGACGCGCCGACGAGUCCAAACCCACAGCGUCAACGGAGUGUCCAAUUCAAGGACAAUUCCGUAAGGUCCUACGAGCAGGAGUCACGGCCGAGGACUCCCCAGUAGUGCAGUUCACGGCCCCAGAAUUCAGACAAUCAGAUAUUAGGUUUCUAGUAGAUCCAGGAUCCGACACCAAUCUAAUCAAAUUGUGUGCCUUAGAUCCCGACCUUACUCUUGACCCGAGCAAGAGUACAGAAAUCACGGGAAUAACGAAUCACACAGUGAGAACGAUUGGUACAAUUCAAAUUAACAUCGCGAGUGCACCUGUUGAAUUUCAUGUAGAAUCAUUGGCUGAAAAGGAGAUUUUGAAACCUCAUAUCAAACCUUUUAAAAAGGUUUUGCGAAUCCGAGCCAGAACUCGAAAUCCAAUCGCUAUUAACGUGAUCAAUCCAGAUUUGUCACAAGGUUAUCUCCCUCGAAUUAACACCCCUAAAGGUGUAUACUUGGGCGAGGCCGUAGUAAGUAGCAAAAAUGGAGUGUGUCACGCCGUAGCGAUUAAUACUACAGAAGAGGAUAUCGAUAUAGAAUUGCCUCCCCAAGAACUAAUCCCUUUUGAUUUUUGCAAACUGGAGGGCGAAGAAUUGUCUGAUUCAGAAUCUGACCAUUUUUCCACUCCACUGUUAUCCUACACCGAGCGAGUUCAAAAGGUUAAAGAAUCCCUUUUUGUGUCCCAUUUAAAUUCGGAAGAAAAAGAACUUGUAAAUAAAUGGGCCGAGGAAUAUGCCGACAUUUUUCAUCUCAAUGGGGAACCUUUAAGUUGCACUCAUUUAAUCCAACACAGAAUCCCCACCACUGACGAUAAGGUAAUUCAUAAAAAGCAAUACCGAUCCCCAGAUGAAGCCCUACCACAAAUUGACGAACAAUUAUUAAAACAAUUUAAUAGCGGUAUUAUCGGAAACUCAAAUUCCCCAUAUAACUCCCCUCUUCUUAUAGUACCGAAAAAACUUGACGCUUCGGGAAAAAGAAAGUGGAGGGUAGUUAUUGAUUAUCGAGCGCUUAAUGAGAAGGUAAUAGGGGAUGCCUACCCCCUCCCCAAUAUUUCCGCCAUAUUGGAUAAAUUAGGGACGGCAGCAUACUUUACUGUCUUCGACCUCGCUAGUGGUUUUCACCAGGUGGAAACUCACCCGGACGACCGACACAAAACGGCUUUUUCUUCUCGAAAUGGACAUUUCGAAUACAAGCGUAUGCCUAUGGGAAUCAAAAAUGCCCCCCCUACUUUUCAGCGACUUCUUAAUAGCGUUCUUGAUGGUAUGCUUGAUUCGGAAGCAUUCGUGUACCUCGACGAUAUCAUUAUCUAUUCUGAUACCCUUGAGGAACAUGAUAGGCGAGCCCGAAGACUAUAUAAUAGACUUCGAGAAGCAAACCUAAAACUCCAACCCGACAAGUGCGAAUUCCUAAAAAAGGAAGUGGCCUAUUUAGGUCACGUUGUCGGAGCAAAUGGAAUAAAACCGAAUCCAGCAAAAAUUAAGGCCAUCAAGCGUUUUCCUGUACCGAAAACUCAAACUGAAGUCAGGAGUUUUCUAGGCCUUUCAGGUUAUUACAGGCGCUUUAUAAAAGAGUACGCUAAAAUCGCCAAACCUCUAUCUGAUCUAUUAAAGAAAACAGAAGAAUGGAAAUGGGGCGAUACGCAACAGAAAAGUUUCAGAAAACUCAGAAAAGCCCUGUGUAAAAGACCCAUCUUACAAUACCCAGAUUUCACAAAACCGUUUAAACUCACGACAGACGCUUCUGAAUAUGCCAUUGGCUCAAUGUUGACCCAAGAACAUGACAAAAUUGACCUUCCCGUCGCGUACUACUCAAAAGUCUUAAACGCUAACGAAAGAAAAUACCUCGAUGCCGAAAAAGAGUGCCUUGCAGUGUUAUACGCUGUGGAACAUUUCAGGCCCUACCUGUAUAAUCAAGAUUUUAUCCUAUCAUGUGACUGUGAACCAGUUCACUGGAUAAGUUAUAUCGAGAAUCCAGGAACGCGACUUCAAAAAUGGCGAUUAAAACUUCGAGACUACCGUUAUAAAUUCGAGUACAAACCCGGGAAAAUAAAUAGAAUUGUCGAGGCCCUAUCUAACAACCCUAUCGAAGAUAAUGACACUAGUGACAAAAAGGACAAUUUUGCAUCUUCCGAGUCAGAGUGGACCGAAUCCUCGGAAGAAACAGAUCAGGAUAAGUUAGAUGACCAACGCGAAAAUUCUGAAAUCAAAUCACUCCCUCUUCGCGCCCUUCCGAUAAGUAGUGGUGCGAAACAAAAAGUGAUUAGUGCCAGUGCACGAGCGAGUCGAUCGAGUGACAAUAGCAAAAUUCAACAAAAAGCCCCACGUUCUUCUAACGUUGAACCUAAACCCAAGAACCCUUUAGAGGUUUCAACACUACAACCUAACCCUACUUAUAAACUUCCUGUGGCGUCAAAGAAAGAAGGUCCUUCUACAAGACUAGAAAAGCCUCCUUAUGCGAAUAAACAAAACCCCUCUACUUCAUCAUCGAACCCCAAGGCCACUAGUUCCACGAAAGGUUCCAAAAUGCCCACCACAUCAAAGGAAAUACCAGUUGUGCCGAGGAAAAUACUCACGAGAAAUCCAGCAGCGUCACCUGCAAAGCUCACUAUUCCCAAGAGAGGACGACCCAUAGGAUCAACCAAACCUAAGGAACCCCAUGAUGAAGAACCUUAUGUUCCCCCUGCAGGUUCGAAACCUGUAGAUCCAGAUGUGAGUAGUAUUGGUGAAAGAUUGAGGAGAAGAAAACAAGAAAUACGAGAGAAGGCCCGUCACCAGGAAGACGAAUCUUCUUCUUCAGAUGAAUCAACGACAGAAACCGACAAGGAAGAAAAUUCGGACGCCCCGGUAUUCCGUGCAAGUCAUAGUGUGUUCCCUAGUGUUCCCCCUCAGCUCCCACCUAAAAUUCCGAUUACGCAAAAAGAAACAACUGACCAACCAUCAACCCCGUGUAUCCCCCCUAUGUCUAGUUCCUACACAGAUGUUUAUGUAGAUGGUGCAUGUUGUGACAAUGGCGGAAUAAGACCACGUGCAGGGAUUGGAGUAUGGUUCGGUCCUGGACACCCACUUAACGUCUCUCAGCGGUCCACAGGUAGACAAACCAACAACGCUUCCGAAAUUGAGGCUGCAACAACGGCUAUCAAAAAGGCGAAACGAGCAGGGAUAAAUCAACUAAGGAUAAAAACUGACUCCAAGGUACUUGUCCAAGGAAUCCAAGAGUGGGUACCAAAAUGGCAGGAAAACGACUGGAAAACCAACGAAAAUAAACCUGUCAAAAAUAAAAGUGCCUACGAACGAUUAGUUAAAGCAAUGAAAGGUUUGGAUGUUAUAUGGGAACACGUGCCUGGUCACGAUGGAAUAAAUGGAAACGAAAAUGCAGAUCGACUAGCAAGGGAAGGCGCCCUUCUAGAACCUCCUUCAGACUCCAGUUCAUCUUCCAGCGAAUCAGCAGAUCAAGAAGAUGUGGAAGAAAUUUCCCCGGAGCAUGUGAUCGUCGCAAUACCUCCACCACCUCCCGAUAGUGAAGAAAGUUCGGAACCGGAAUCAGAAACUGAUCAGGAACCACAGCAAAAUCCAGCAGAUCCUGAAGAUCAAGAAAAUUCACUAGAUCAAUCAAUUAGGCGAUUCGAUGAAUCUCUGAAACGUCGUGAAUUCAGCAACUUGAAUCAAUCCAACCAAACCUUAGCAUGGGACUAUGAAGGAAUGGGUCGAACACCUAAAAAGAAGACUCAUGUUUCCGACGGAGAGAGCGAUGAAGAAUAUCUUAACUAUCUAGAAUCCUUGGAUCCUUGCAAAGGAACCAAUGAUAGCGAAUUCACAGCAAGACUGAAAAGAUUCCUGGAUAAUGUCAACAAAAAGCGAGAGCCAACUCACACCGACAACAACACUUCUCCAAAAGAAUCAAGACCAUCCUCGGAACACAAAGCUCCUUCUUUCAGCCCCUAUGCCAGUGGAGCUCAGCAGGAUACUCCAGUAAUGAGUUAUUCUUGCCCUAAAAGAAAACGAAGUGUGGUACGUUUCCAGGAUACGCCCGAAGUAAUUGAAGAAGAAAGCAUCCAUGAGAAUCCUGCAACCAGUCUUCCGGUUUUUACUCCUAGAACCUUGCCAGCUCCAGUUGCACAAUCUACCCCAUUCGCAGAUUUUCAAGCAGAAAACGACGAAGAACAAGACGAAGAAGUGGGAAGAAAAACAAACAUAGUGCCUCGAAGACUACAUUCAAAUAAUAUAGAAUUACCCCCACCAACGAUGCCUAUCCCUCACACAAGGUUACCAAUCUAUAUUAACAUUUCGGAUGUAGAGUCCCCCUCUUCUUCCUCCCCCGAACCCUCUGACAACGAACAAACUACUACUACUACACAUGAAAAAUUCAAGGAAAAUCCGGAAAAUGUUUUCCACCAAUGGACAGAACCAUUGACCUAUAAGAAAGACAAUAUUGCCCAUUUUAUUUCCGAAGAUUGUGAACCCGUUGAUUCAAUUUCAAAACUCCUAAUUGCUACUGAUAAAAUUAACUUACAGGACAUCCGGGAUAACAAUCCAAUAAAAGGACAAGUUCAGGUUACCCUUUGUGGAAAAUACAAAAUUUAUUCAAUCGUAGUAAAGAAAAAACAUUUCGACGAACUUGAUUGGAGUGACGUUACAACAGGGUUACGAAACUUGAAACACGCUUUAGUUUUAGAUAAUCAAACCCAUUGCCGGAUGGCAAAUUCCGGAGACCUGUUAGGUACUCUCCCCCAAACGACUAUGGCGGGCAUAUUAGCAGGAAUAUUCCGCGGUGGUGAUGUAAAAAUCACCUUGUGCCACGGAAAGAUUGAAGUCCCUCCCCCAGAAUUACGCUCGAAAAUAAUAACCGAAUAUCAUGGUAGUUUAAUUGGUGGGCAUAAGGGCAUUACAAAGACCUACAGGCGAAUACGCGAACGAUAUUAUUGGCCUAGAUUACGGGAUGAUGUGACACAAUUUAUUCGAAAAUGUAGAAGCUGUCUUGAAAAUAAACUUGUUAGGGCUCGAACUCGCGAACCUAUGUUGAUAACGGAUACCCCAGCAAUACCCUUCGACAAGGUAUCCCUAGAUACAGUGGGAAAAUUGAGAACUACUCCCAAUGGGAAUCGACAUAUUCUUACCAUGCAGGAUAAUUUUAGUAAAUACUGCAUCGCGGUACCUAUUCCGGAUAUCAAAACCACUACUAUCGCCCAUGCUGUGGCAACAAACCUUUUCUCUCUGUACUGGAGCACCUAG